AUGGUAAUUGUCCACAUUAAAGCCUCAAAAGAACUGGAAUCUGUAUUAAAAAAAUUAGACGAAGAAUCAAUAGCAAUCUUAUCGUUUUUAGCAAGUUGGUGUAAAAAGUGUUCAAUUAUGAUACCGGAGUUGGAAAGAGUUGCUGAAGUAAAUCCUUCUCAAACUUUCGCCUUUAUAGAUGUUGACGAGUGCGAUGAUCUUGCUAUAGAGUACAAUGUUAUUGUUUUGCCAACAAUAUACUUUAUCAAAAACAAGGCUAUUAUUGAAUCAAUUAUAGGACCCAAAUUGAUCUCUCUUCAUAAAAUUUUGUCCAGGUUAAAAAUGGAAACACCCGCUCCUAAAAAAGCAGAGAAAGACAAAGAAAACAAGAAGGAAGAUGACGGAACCCCGAUUAGGAUUAGGAUAGGAAAAGAAAAGAAUUUACAAACGGAAUCACUUAUCACCACCAUUCUAACCAACGAGUUGAAAGAAACAAUCUCAAAGCCAAGACAAAAAAUAUCAUUUGACCAUGAACAUAAACCUUCUAAAUCGACGGACGAGAAAACAUCUACACCACAACCAUCUAAAUCAUCCGACGGUAAGGAAAUUGCCCAGGCAUCGAGUAUAAAAAGUCUGAACGAUACCAAACCGAAGGACGAAAAACCAUCUAAAUCGGCGGACGAAAAAUAUUCUGUCAAAAAAUCGGUUUCCAAAACAUCCAACAGUAAGGAAAUUGACCAAGCAUCGAGUAUAAAAAGUUUGAACGAUACCAAACCGAAGGAUGAAAAACCAUCUAAAUCGGCGGAUGAAAAAAAUUCUGCCAAAAAAUCUGCUUCCAAAUCCUCCAAUGAUAAGGAAGUUUCCAAAACGUCUAGUAUAAAAAGUUUAAAGAAUAGUGAGGAAAAAUCCAAAGACAAAAGUAAAACAUAA